AUGACAACUGCACUAUCAAAAUACAAUAAGACUUUGGAAUUAUAAAGCAUUGUGGAUGAUAAAUUUAAUAAAAUCUUUUGCUCUGAAUAAGUUUUUGAAAAAAUAGUCAAUUGUUUUCUUGAAAAAUUGAAAAAAGAGGAUGAUAAGAAAUUAGCUAUUGGAUAUCUGAUUGAUACAUUUCCUGAUAAUAAUUACCUUAUUUAAAAGAAAAAAAUGUUAGCUGGAUCAUGGUUUAACAUUCGAAAUCUAUUAUCAGAUUAUGGAUUAAAGGAAAAUAAGAAGAUUAGUUUAUAAUGGGAAAAAUUGUAUAUUCUAACAUAAAAUAAAGAUUUGGAAAGACUUAAUGAACUUAUAGAAGAUUAAGAGUUUUGUAAAAUUUGUAAAAUCCCAACUUCUUUAGUUUAAUAAAAAGAUGUAUUUGAAAAACUGAAACAUCAUAGCUUCAGAAUUAUAGAUAUAAUUAGAUAAUGUAGAAAAUCUUCAUUUUAAUUAAAUUCUAUUAUUAUGAAAAAUUUGAUAUUUUUUUUUUUUAUACCUAAUGAAUUAGAAAUAGGUAAUUAAGAAAAAACAAGAUUAUAUCAAAUUUUAGGAGAAAUCUUAUGUAAUUUUUGGAUUUAAUUUGAAUAUCAUUAUUAAUAAUUACAAUAGUAAAAUUAAAAUAAAAAUAAUUUAAUAAAAUUAUAAGAGAUAUUAAGUUUAUUUUAGAAAGAUUCAUUUAUAUAUUAUGAUAAAAUACAAGAAUUAAUUAGAUAAUUAUUAAAUAAAAAUAAUUCAAAUAGCUUAAAAUUUACAGAAAUUGAGAAUUUAAUAGACAAAUUAUUGCCAAUUAAUUUUGAUCUUUAAAUUAUUUUUUAUAUGAUGUGCUUCUAUUGUUCAAUUAAUUUUGAUCAAUAUUAUAAAAAAAAGUUAAUGAAAGACAAUAAAGAAAAUUCAUUUAAAUUACUCAAUUUAUAUAUCUAAUAUAGAAUGAGUACAAAUAAUAAACUUAAUGGGUAAUUUAUGAAUGUAUUAGAAAAGUAUGAAAAAAGAUAAUCCACUAUAAAAUAAGAAUUGGGAAAAUGGAAAAUAUGGUCUCUUAAUGAAUUGAUAGAAUAUAUUAUUGAAGAAAACAUUCAUAAUUUAAAUUUAAGAUAGCAUAUCAUGAACUUAAAUUCAUAAAAUUUAAAAAAUGCAAAAUAUUUGAAUUUAUUAUCAAAUAUCAGUAAUGAAAAAAAACGUAAAGUAGCACAUUUAUUACAAAAUCUUAUAUUUGAGGAUAAUUUAAUAUAAGUUGUUUUGAAAUUAGAAGAAUAAAAAUAAAAUUAUUUAACAGAAGAAUUAGAAAUAAUUCUUAGAAUUGUGAUUGAAAAUUCAAAUCGAAAUAUAGUUAAUUUUUAAUUACUUAAUACUGUUUUAUAGUAAAAUAGAAGUUAAUAAGAGAUAGAGGAUAUAAUAAAAGUAUCUGAAUAUGAUUAAAGUUUACCAUUUGAAUAGUAAAUUAAUCUGUUAUCCAAUUUUUCUAAUGAUUAGUUUUAAUUGAUUAUUAAUUAAGCUGUAAUUGCUAAUUCUUUAAUAUAAACAUACCUAAAGGAUUUAAAUUCAAAUAAUAUUUAAUUUUUUAAUUUAAGUUAAAUUUUAGAAGUUUUAAGAAGAUUGUUUUCAUAAAAUAAAUAAUUAGAAUAAUAUAAUGAAUUUACAAAAUUAUUCUUUCAACUUUUAAAUUACUUGUUAAAUGAUCAAAUAAAUAGAUUAAUAUAUGGAAAUAAAUCAAAUUAAAUAUCUUUAGAUGAUUAUCUAACAAACUUAAGUAUAUUAUAUUAGUUAUUCAGCAAAUUAUAAGGAUAAAAUAAAUAGUAAGAAUUAAAAAUGGCUAUUUAAAACAUUUUAUAAUUUCCAUAAGUAUACUGUUUCAAUAAUUAUCUUGAAUUAUUUUUGGAUAAUAAAACUUUUGAAUAAAUAAUAAAUGUAUUCAAAUUAGUUUAUUAUUGGUAAACUGGAUAGAUAUAAUAAUUAAUUGUUCAUGCUGAAUAGUUCUGCAAAUAAGAUGCUAAUUUUUAUAAAGAACAAUUUUAAAAAAUAAAUUACUUUAAUAUUGAUUAAUUAGAAAUUACAAAAUUACAAUAAAAACUUAAGAGUAAUAUAUAUCCAAGAUCUCUAAAUAUCUCAUUAGAAGAUUUUAAUAUUUCAUUGACUUUAUUAAAUAAGUAAUAAUAAGAAGAAUUAGUCAAAAAUUGGAUUAAGAAUGUAAAAGACCCUGAUGCUUUUAAGUAGUUAAUACCAUUUUUCUUUAAUAUUUUUAAAAGAGGAGAACCAUCUACUGACUUUCUAACAAUUAUUAAUGAAUAAAUAACAGAAGAUAAAGUAUUGAUGACCAAAUAUGGUUUUUUUAAUUAAAAAUCCAUAUUUUAAAUAUUUUAUAAUAAUUCUGAUGAUGAAUUAAAGGUGAUGCUUUUAAAACUUAUGAGUAAAUAAUAUCCAAUUCCAUUAUUAUACAGAACUUCUUCAAAUCCAGAAAGUGGAGAAUUAGACAAAUUAACAUUUAAUAUGAAUACUUUUUAUGUAUUUGAGCAAAAUUAUCCCAUAAUUAAUUUAAGUUUGUCUAGUAAUCAGAAAAGAAUUGGUAAAACAGAUUUAAUUAAUACAAUAUUUUAUAAAAAAUAUAAAUUUGAAAUAUCAGAUAAUAAUUAUUUGAAUAAACAAACUAUAGACAUAAUGUAUGAUUUUGAAUUUAAUGGAUCAAGAAAUUUAUCUGUUGCAGAUGCUCAUGGUUUUAUUCCAUUUGAGAUUUUAGAUGAUAUCUUACCAUUGUUUAAAUUAUGGAUUAUUUAAUUAGAUACUGAAAGAGAAAUUAAAGAAACAAUAUAAAAUUUAAAAAAGUUGAAAUCUUUUUAAAAUAAAUAAAAAGUUGUUUGUUUUUUGAUUCGAAAUUCAAUUAGAAAAUUAGAUGAGUAAGAAAUAGCAGAAUUAGAAUUUCAUAAUAUUUAAUAUAAGCAAGUCAUUAAUUUAUCAAAUAAUGAUUUAAAUAAUGAAAUGAGAAAGGCUAAUAUUGCAUAAACAUCCAAAUUUUUAUUUGAUAUUAUCUAAAAAAAUCACUAUUAAACAUUAAAAUAAGAAGAAUACUUUAAUUUAAUAUGCUAAAUGGCAAAUUGCCCUUAAAAUCAAAUUUUUUAAAUUAAAUAAACUCAAGAUCUAUUUAAAGAUAUUGAAAUAGAAUUAGAAAAAUAAAUGAAGGAUGUAGAUGGUUUCUAUAAUGAGAAUGCUUUUCCUAUAAGAAGUAUUGAAUGGCAAAUAAAAAAAGAACGCGAUGCAUAUUCGAAAAUUUAAUAGAGUCGCUAAAACAAAUAAUCUGAAGAUAAGCUCAAUUAAAUAAAUUAAAAAAUGAUAUUUUUAUAAAAUUCAAUGAGUUAUUAGCAACCAUCACUAAUUUUAAUUUAAUUUUGUAACUUAUUAAAGAAACCCAAUUAUUAUAUAUUAUAUCUUCAUUUAGUUGAUAAAAUAAGAAAAUUUAAUGAAAAAAAUACCUAUUAAUUAUAAAGGGAAAACUAGAAAUUAAAUGAAGAAAUCUCAAAAUUAGACAAAGAGAAGAAAAAAUUGAAAAAUCAAAUAUAAAAAGGGAUAAAUUAGGAUUUGUAGAAAUAGAUAAACCAUUUAUAAUAAUAAAUAGAAAACAAAAUUUUAAUAUUAAAAUAGAAUUCAGAAACAAUUUCAAAAAGAAAUAUUGGAAUAGAAUUAUUUUGGAGAGAAAUUAUAUAAUAAAGAGAAUAAUGUUAACAAUCUCAUAUUGAUUUUGAUCCUUCUAUUAUUGUUAAAGAAAUGAUCUAAAAAGGAGAACCAUUUGAAUUCUUAGAUGGUGAUUCAUUAAGAAUUGAUUAACCAUUCUUAAAAAAACUUAUAUCUAAUUUUAAGGAAUAAGGAUAAGAAAGGAUUUUAGUAUUAAGUGUUUUAGGACCACAAAGUUCUGGUAAAUCAACAAUUUUAAAUAAAAUAUUUGGAUGCCAUUUUUGGACAAGUGUUGGUAGAUGUACAAAAGGGAUCUAUUUAUAAUUAUUGAAAGUACACAACAAAGCAUAUUUUAAUAAUUUAUUUGAUUAUAUUAUUAUAUUAGACACUGAAGGUCUUUAGAGUCCAAAUUAAGAAGAUUUAGAAUUUGAUAAAAAGAUAGCACUUUUUGUAUUAUCAAUAAGUGAUAUAAUUAUAGUUAAUGUAAAAGGUGAUAUAACAAGGGAAUUUAGAUCAUUAGUUGAAAUGUGUAUAUAUACUUUGGGAUAAAUGAGAAAUUUUACAAGUUCAAAAUCAAUUACUUGGUGUUUUAAUUAAAAUAAUGAUGUCAAUAAUCAUGAUCCUUUUUUAGCAUAAUUAUAAUCAAUAGCCUUAAAUUUAAAUAGCGAAUUAAGUAAUCAUAAUUAGGAUAAUGAAUAAAUAGAUUAUAAUGAAAUUCUUGGAAUUACUUAAGAGAAUAUAAAGAUUUUAGGUUUUGCAUCAACUGAAAAUUUAUGGAUAAAAAAUGAUAGGGAAGGAGUAUAUUAUGAUUGGCGUCAGUUAAUUUUAAAUGGAACAUUCUCUUAAGAAGCUUAUGAAUAUGGUAUUAGAAUGAUUUAAGCAUAUGUAAAUAAAUUUGGAAAUGAAGAUAAUUAUUAUGGAAUAAAAUAAAUGGAAAAUUUAAAAUAUUUUGUAGGAAAAAUUGAAACAACUUGGUCAAGUAUAUUAAGUUUACCUGAUUUACUUGAAUUUUCAGAAUUAGUACUGCAUUAACAAAAUCAAUUUAUGAGAAAAUAGUUUAAUGAAAUCACUGAUAAUUAUUAAUUUCCUACAAAAUCAUAAUUUUUUUAACAAAUUCAUGAAACAAUUUAAGAGAAGGAUUAGGGUUUAUAUGUUGAUAUUUUCAAAUAAAUAUUAAAUUAAUAUAAUUAAGAAUUGAAUAAUUAAUUUGAUUAAAUUAAUAGUGAAUUAUUAGUAAGAUUGACAGCAAUAAAAAAUGAAAAUAAGAUAUCAAAGAAAGUAUUCAUAAAAUAUAAAAAUAUGCUUGAUGAUAGAAUUAAUAGUGAAAAAACAGCCAUUUAAUUUGCAAUACUGUAGGAAAUUAAGACUUAAGAAACUACUUUUUAACAGAAAAUGGGUUUUAUUAAAAUUGAUUAAUUUAUCUUAGAGUUGAUUGGAAAUGAAAAUGAAUUAAGACUAUAUAAAGAAGAUGAAAAUAAGAUUAAAACAAAAUUUGAAGAACUUUGGAAUGAAAUAUUAUAAUAAGAUGCUUAAAAAUAAAAUGAAAUUUUUAGAGGUCAUUGUGAUGGUGUGUUAUCAGUAAUUAAAGAAAAUUUUAAAAACUAUAUUUUGACAACUAAUCGUGAAGUUUCUUAUAAACAUUAAUAUAUGAAAAGUUUAAUUGAAUAAAAACCAUAAAAAGAAGAUUAUUUAACAGCAUUUGAAAUAUUAAAACCAGAAUUAUCUAUGGCUCAAUUUAUGGUAGUUGAAAAAAAUAUACCAAAUAAGGAUUAUUAAUACUUUUUUGAAAACUUUUCCUAAAAUAUAGAAAAGAAAUUAGCCAAAUGUUCAUCUACAUAAGUUUUAUAAAUCAAUUAAUUUUAUUCUUAUAAAGUUGAAAUCAAAUAUAUGAGUAAAGAAAAUUUUAACCAAUAUUAAUAAAAAGAUAUGUAUUAUGAUCUCUAAUCCUACUGUAAAACAACUCACAAGAUAGAUAAAUUUUCAUUUAUAAAUUUUUUAAGAAAUUUUUCUAUAUUUGGUUAUUAGAUAUAAGAAUAAAAAGCAGAAUAAUUAUUUAAUUAGAUUGAAAAAUAGUCUAAAUAUGAUUAAAAAAUGCUACUUUCAUGUUUUUAAUCUGGAGAUAGGUAAUAUUUUGGAGAAACUCAAUAUGAUGUAUCAAUUGAUAUCAUAAAAAAACAAUGUACACGCUUUAAAAAUUAUAUUUAAAAUAAGCUAAUAAUUAGUGAAUAAUCAUAAAAUAAUGAAAUAGAAAAUAAUGCAAAAAAGUUUAAUGAAAAUGAAUUUUUCAUAGUUUAAAUUAAAUUAUAAGUGAUUUUAAAGUAAAACAUUGGAUCUUAUAACAAUAAAUAAUCUAAUGAAGAAAUGGUAAAAAUUUUUAGCUAUAUCUUAAAUCAAAAUUAAAAUUCUUAAUUUUAUAAUGAUUUUAAGGAAAAUGUUACUAGAUUUAUUGAAUAAUUAAUGAGUAAUAACAACAAUAGUGGAUGGAAAAAAGUAUAUAGUGAAAUUCAUUAAAUGAUACUAGAUGAAAUUAAGGAAAUGAAGGCAAAAUAAUAUAGCUAUAGUUUAAUAAAAAGGAUUUUGUAAAAAAUAGAAAGUAAAAUUAAAGAUUUAAAUAUGUUAUUUUCAGAUUUUGGUGUUAUUUUGAAUGAUAGAGGAGAAAGAUGCAUAUAUUAUUAUGCCAUUUUUAGUAUUUGGAGGAUUUUGUGCUUUAAAUAAUAAAAAUUAACUAAGAAAGCUUAAUAAUAGUUGGUUAAUUAAUACAAAACACAAUAUUUGAAAUUUAAGGCUGAUAUCUAAUAGAAUAAAAAAGAAUAAAGCAAAAUUAGAGGAUAAUAAUUAGCAGAAGAAAUAAUAAAUUAAACAAUUGUAAGAUUUCAAAUGAAAUAUUAAGGUGAAGCUAAAUUAAUAUUGGAUGGCCUUAAGAAAGAGACAAGUUUUGAUAUAAUAAAGUAACUAGACAAAGAUAUUCUUGAAAGAAAUAAUAAUGAUGUAACAAAUGAUUAGAUACUUCACUAUAUUAGAAAUCAAACAGAUUUUAUAGAAAAAUAUGUCAAAGAAAAAAUUAAUAAACUAAAAUCAGAUAUUCAAACAAAAUUUACAAAUAAAUUAAAAAAUGAUCUAAACUCAUAUCUAUAAAAAUUGGAUGCAAAUACUAAGUAUUUAUCUGAUUAUGUCAUAUCUCCUCUAUAAGCAAAGGACUAUUUUAUUUAGUUGGACAACCCAGAUGAAGCUCCAAAAUUAUUAUAUAAAAUAGUUUUAAGCUGUCUUUAAGGAUUAGUAUAGUAGAAUUUAUUAGAAAAAAUAAAAUAAGAUAAAAUUUAUGCAUUUUAAACUUAAGAUUUUCACAUAUUUGAGUUACCGUUAUGUUCAAAAAUUUAAAAGUCAGAUGAAGAAAUACAAAUAUUACUUAAUUUUGUUUAAGCUUUUAAAUAAAAAAUUUAAAAAGGUAUUUAAAACAUAGAAUAAUUACAAAUUUAACUAGAAACACUAAAAUUAUAAGAUGAUCUAGAUACUUAAUAACUUAAAUAAAUUGGUUGCUUGUAAUGUUGUCCACUGUGUAAAAGAAAAUGUGAUUAAGAAAUUGAUGAUAGUAAUCAUAAACACUAAUGCUAAAAUGGACAUUAAUUAAGAGGUAAUAUUUAAUUUAAAAAAUAGGUAUGAGUGGAGUCUUAAUUGGUUGUCAUCCUUCAUUAUAUACAUGUGAAGAAAUAGAGGAUGAUUUUUAAAUUUCAUUAUUGGAAACAUCAACUGUUAAGUCAUGGAAGGAUAUCAAAUAAAUUUAUAAUGGAUGGAUAUUUAAUUUUCUCAAUAAAGAUGAAUUAAAAUCUCAGAAAGAAAAAUUCAUGAAGAUUUGGAAUGAUAAUAUUGGGAGAAUGAUAUGCCAAAAAUUAACUUAAGAAAUUUAAAAAGAUGUAUUUUAUGUAGCAAAGUAAGAAGUUGUAUUAGGAGGAAAUUAAAAAACUGCUAAUUAUAUUUUGAUAUUAGAUGACUCUGGUUCAAUGGAGGGAUAUCCUUUUAAUUCUGCUAGAUAGUGUUUAGUUGAAUUUCUUCAUGAAAUUCAAAAAAAUCCUGAUUCUAGGGUUACUAUCAUACUCUUCAAUCACGAAGCUCGAUGUGUUGUUGACUAUUAAAUCCCUAAUCCUUCAGUUUAAGAGCCUUUAAUAUACUGUUAAGGUGGAGGAACAAAUUUUGAGUUUCCCUUAGAGCUUGCCUGUGAUAAAAUUUCUUAAAAUCCAGAAUUUGAAAAAUUUAGUUCGUAAAUAUCACAUUAUAAUUAGCCAUUCUAUAUUCUUUUACACUGAUGGAUAGGCUUACUAUCCUUAAAAAGCUAUGGAGAAAUUUAGAAAUUUACCAUAAGAAAAAAAAGAAAAAAUAGAGCUAAUUGCCUGUUCUUUAGAAGAAUCUCCAACUAUAUUGAUCAAGGUUGUUGAAUUCUGUAAAUAAUUUUUAUCUUCUGCUAAAAUACAAACUUCAAUGGAACCUUAACGGAUUGCUUAAGUUUGGAUAGAAGAAGUUAGCAAAGUAACCCAUUAAAUAUUUUGA